UCUCCUGCGUGCGUCCGCGGCGUUCGGGCCCUCAGAAAUUAAAAUGGCUUCCAGAGGAAAGAUAGAGACAAGCAAAUUAAAGCAGAACUUAGAAGAACAGUUGGAUCGGCUAAUGCAGCAGUUACAAGAUCUAGAGGAAUGCAGAGAGGAACUUGAUCCAGAGGAAUAUGAAGAAACCAAAAAGGAAACCCUGGAGCAGCUGAGUGAAUUUAACGAGUCACUGAAGAAAAUCAUGUCUGGGAAUAUGACCUUGGUGGAUGAGCUAAGUGGAAUGCAACUGGCUAUUCAGGCAGCUAUCAGCCAGGCCUUUAAAACUCCAGAGGUCAUCAGGCUGUUUGCAAAGAAACAACCGGGCCAGCUCCGCACGAGGUUAGCAGAGAUGGAUCGAGAUCUGAUGGUGGGGAAGCUGGAAGGAGGCCUGUACACGCAGCAGAAAGUGGAGAUCCUAACAGCUCUCAGGAAACUUGGAGAGAAGCUCACUGCAGAUGACGAAGGCUUCCUGUCAGCAAAUGCAGGGGCUGUCCUCAGCCAGUUUGAGAGAGUCUCCACAGACCUUGGCUCUGGAGACAAAGUCCUUGCUUUGGCGAGUUUUGACGUUGAAAAAACAAAAAAUUGAUGUGGUGUGGAAUCUUGGACCAGUGACCACAUUCUUGGGAACGACAUUUUUCUUCCGAGGACAUUAAGUCUUCGCAAAGGAAUCGAGACUCUUGAGCCACAGUGAUAGCUUAUGAAGACAUGACAUAAAACCGUGCUGGCGCCUUCAGUGGUGCCCUUCAUCGCUGUGUUUCGUGUCAGGCCACCUUUGUGAGUGACCCUGCCCUUGUUGGUACGGAAGGAUUCACUGGUCCUUGUUUGUUAUGAUUUGUCUGUUUAAGAGAGUAAAGAAAAUGCGGUUUCUCUCCCUGAACUUAUUAGGCUGCUUGUUGGCAAGGGCUGAUAGCAAAUGAAAAGAUGUCCACUAAAGGCUCUCUUCUGCUGACGACUUUACUCCUGGUACUGAAUAGUGAGCGUCGCAACGUCAGUAGACCGCACGUGUGUUCUUCUAUAGAGCUUUAUAGAGUUCUAAGUGACCUUAGAAAUCAUUUUCAUUGUACAAACAAGGCAACUGAGGCUCACAAAGAGCAAAUGACUUGUUCAACAUCACCUUAGAGCUGAGGAUAAGACCAGUCCUAACUCUCAAUUUAGUGCUCAUUCAGUUUUUAUUUUGUUAAACUGUUUUGUUUUGUUCUUUUAAUUAUUAACAUGUAUUAAUGCAAGUCAGUGUCAGUGUGUAUGAAACUUUGAUAUCCCAACAAAAAGUUGACAGUACACCAAGGGCCCAUUCCCUAGCCUAUGUGCUCUCCUUCUGAAUAGAGCCCAUUGUGUCUCAGCAUGUUGAGUUUGGAACAAUGGGAGCCCUGUUGAGCGGCUCCUGAAGUCACUGAACCUCCUGCGUCCUCUCACCAGGGAAGCAAUAGGAAAUGGCAGCUAGGGGCCCUCCCUGCUGGUGACCUCUUGCUGAAACCCAGAGGGUGGUGACUCUAAGCUACUAUUUACUCUUCAGUUUUUGGAGAAACAUAAAAGUUGUGAAGGAAAACAAGUUUCUCUUCUGAAUGUUUAUCUAUCUGCAUGGUAAAAUAUAUAGAUCUAUAUAUAUGCAUGUAUGUUAGCUGAUUUCUUAGGCUCUGGCCAUUUUUAUAUUCUUCCUCAAUAUACUUUUUCUUUGCACUUUAUACAAAUUAAAAACAUUUUUACAGCUUCUUGUAUAGUGUAAACUCUUCUAGGUGCUCUGCCAACUGGGACAAAUUAGAAGAUUUUUGCUACACUAAUGCCUUAUUUGGAACUCUUAAUGGGCAAUUUUUUUAUAUUAGUUUAAAUGGUCAAACACACAUU